AUGCAACCUUGGAUUCAAAAAGGAACUACAGGCAGUAGUAGUAGUAGUAACAAACAGACAACAUUCCAUUAUGAUCAAACAUUAAAUAAUAUACCCCAAUCAUCAUCAUCUGGACAUACCCAGGGAUUUCGUACAAACAGACAAGAAAAUGAACAAGAAAAAGAAAAGGACCAAGAAAAGGGGGUAGAACCUUUUCCCCAGUAUCGUCAUCAUUUAGAUAACCAACAUUUGGAUGGUGCAGAGGUGCUUUUGUUUUUAAACUCCACAAACUACACAGACCAUGUUGAUGGCGAUGACCUAAGACCAGAUUCGAUGCGAUAUAGAUCUUUUCAACAUCAAGUAGAUCAAUUCUGGAACGGGUUCAUGAAUAAUGAAGAUAUCGUAAAUUACAUCGAACAACAGACCUAUAUUGACGAUAUCUAUGCGAUACCCGUCAUUGGUGAAGACAUUCGUAGGGUCAAAACAGGGUCUAGUGAAGAAAAGAAAAAGGCAAUCAAUAGACUGGAAAUGAUUCGUCAACACUUUAUCCAAAAGACUCACGGUGAUUCAAGUCUGGCCGCACAAAAGGCAAGCGAAUUUGAUUGCGACAGUUUAUCUCGCACCUCAUCGGUAUCGUCUACACCCACUGAACGUACACCGUUGAUUAGCGGUAAAGAAGAAGAAAAUACAUGGAAGACGGAAGUCUACUGGCUUAUAUACAAUGCAUUUCCCAUUGUUUUUACUUAUUUGAUGCAAAAUUCGCUACAAAUGGCGAGUAUUUUUACAUUGGGCCAUCUGGGUCCCACUGAACUUGCCGCAGCAGCAUUAUCAAGUAUGUUUGCUAGUGUAACAGCCUGGAGCAUUGCAUCCGGUACAUCGGCUGCACUCGACACACUCUGUUCUCAAGCAUGGACAGGAGCCAAAGACAAGACGUUGGUCGGUGUUCACCUUCAACGAGGACUAUGCAUUUUAGCACUCAUGUUUAUACCUAUUGCCUUUGUCUGGUGGAAUGCGACUUCGUUGUUGCUCGCUCUCAAACAAGAACCUGAACUGGCCUACCUAUCCGGACUCUUUUUGCGUUGCCUCAUGCUAGGUGCCCCUGCGUUCAUUGCAUUUGAAGCGAUCAAGAAAUAUCUGCAAGCACAAGGAAUUAUGCAAGCCUCGACCUAUGUGCUCAUGAUUGUGUCUCCCCUGAAUCUGCUGAUGAAUUAUUCCUUUGUCUAUCUCGAGCCGUUUAAGCUAGGUUUUGCCGGUGCGCCCUUGGCAACCAGUCUGAGCUACUGGCUGAUGCUUAUUCUCAUCAUGCUCUACAUCCGCUUUAUCCGUGGCAGCGAGGCCUGGGGUGGCUGGACACGUGAGUGUCUGACUGACUGGUGGCCCUUCCUCAAGCUAUCUAUUCCCUCUCUCUUGAUGAUUACUGCCGAAUGGUGGGCCUUUGAGCUUUGCUCACUUGCUGCUAGUUACCUCUCCACACGCGACCUUGCUGCCCAAUCGAUUCUUCUAACGACGGCCUCAGCCACCUAUACGAUCCCCUUUGGUUUCUCAGUGGCUGCCUCGAACCGUAUCGGUAACGCUCUGGGUGAACGUGAUGGACAAAAGGCACGUUUGUCAACCACGGUCGCCUUUGUAUUUGCCGUCAUCUUUGGUUGUAUGAACUCGACCUUUUUCCUCGUCGUCCGUCAUCACUUUGGGUACCUCUUCACCUCUGACGAAGACGUCGUUGCCUUGGUUGCCAAGACCAUGCCUCUUCUUGCUCUCUUCCAAAUCGCCGACGGUGUCUCUGGUGUCUGCGGUGGUGCUAUCCGUGGUAUGGGUCGUCAAAGCUUUGCUGCAUGGGUCAACAUCAUUUCAUACUAUGCCGUCGCUUUCCCCAUCGGAUACUGUCUUACAUUCGUUCUCGAUUGGGAUCUCGCCGGCCUCUGGAUUGGACUGACCUUGGCUCUCUUCUUGGUCUCGUCUGGUGAAGUCCUUUACCUCUUGGCCGCUGAUUGGGAUGUGGAAGUGAUGAGAGCUCAACGUCGUGUUCAACACGAUGAAGAUAAAUAUCAUCAUGAUACCUUGUCCGCUUAG